UUAGACAAAAUGUCGUUUCUCGGAUUAGAGGAACUCAAGGAUUAUGUAAUGGUGUUAAAGCAAUUAUUUGCGGAAUUCUUAGGAACGUUUUUGUAUUUGUCAAUCACACUUCUAGCUGGAUUAACUUCUAACAACAGCGUAUCUUUCCAUAGCCUGGUGGUGGUAACGGCAUUGUCUAAUGGAUUUUUAGUGGCAUCCAUCAUCCAAGUAACAGGUCAUAUAUCUGGAGGACAUAUAAAUCCAGCCGUCACUGUCGGGGUUCUGGCAAGUGGACGCAUGAAGAUUGCUAAGGGAAUUCUGUAUAUAGGAGCGCAAAUUCUGGGCAGCUUACUCGGAGCGUUCGUAGCGUACGGUAUUUCUGAGAUUACUACAAGAGGCAAUCUCGGAGCAACUAUUCCGUACAAUGGAUUAAGAGUAGACCAAGUCUUAGGUUUGGAGUUUCUCAUGACCUUUAUUUUAGUUUCCGUAGUUUUGAGCGUUAAUGAUACUAACAAACCAGUCGCUGGCUUGGGUUCUGGAGCUCUCGCUAUAGGGAUAAGCAUUGUAGCUUGUCAAAGUUCUGCGUUAUUUUAUAGUGCAUCACUGAACCCAGUGAGAUCUUUGGGACCGGCUGUAAUGAUGAAUAUCUGGACGCAUCACUGGGUUUUCUGGAUAGGACCAUUGUUAGGUGGUCUAUGUGCUGGACUUAUAUAUAGAUUCAUGUUGGUUUAUCACUCCGACAUGUUAUAAUAUCUCGUGAGACUAGAAAAUUUAUAAAUUAUAUCUCAUUCUGGUCUGUGUCAGUAGCGCCAUAACUCAUAUUUUUUUUUGUAAUGAGAGUGUGACUUUUCAGGCAGAAUGUGUAAAUUAAGAAUUCAUGUAACUUUAACCACGGGUGGCACAGUUAGUAAUUUAAAUAUAACGUUUAGUACUAAUUGGAAGUAGGUAUAUAUCAUGGUUAAUAAAUAAUCUAGAUUUUGUUUCGUACAAGCCGACCGGAAGGGGGUCCUGUCAUUCAUUGAUAUCAUUUCGACCAGGUACUUAGGUGAGGUUAUUAUUUGUCUUUAAUGCUGACUUUGGUCUUUUAUACUAAAGACCUCGUCGACUCCGACACCAAAAAAAUAUUUACGUCGAAGAUGUUAUAAUAAUAUUUACUUUAGAAUUAUGUGAUUUUUGUACACGAUGCGAUCUGGCUCAACAACUGGCAGAAAACCGCCAAACAACUAACAGUUAUUUUAAUAAA